UCCCUUUUGAGGUCCCGUUGACACAUGUUGUCCCCACGUCACUAUGAUCGCGGAGCCAGUCGAUUGAGUUGGGAGGUUUGUGCGGCACAAUUCUACGAAGAUGUGGUCCCGAGGUUGAAGCUUAGCCCCUCCCGGCAGAUGAUUGCGUCUGCACACAGAAUUGGUGAUUAUCCGGCAGCCGUCGUUUAUAGGUUUGUGUUAGCUUGCGGGGCAAAGUUGAAUGGAUUUGCUGGAGGAUUUGUGAGCUGGUAGUGGUAGUUCUGGUGAAAGAACGGAAUGUGAUUGCAGACAUUUUCUUGGCUUCAGCGCGUCUGCACGUUCAUCCAGAAUCCCUCAAGACGCACCGGCCACAGAACUAAAAUUUUCAGACUAUACGGUACACCAAGCUAUCGCUGAUUCCUUAGCCAUCUAUCUCUUGCAGCGCACCAGCUGUUGCAGAAUACGGCUACAUUGCCCGACUUCUAGAGAUCCACCGAUCAGAGGCGGUGACGAUUGACGCUCUGACGUAUAGUUUGAGGAGGAUUCGAACAGGAGCAUGCAGGAGUAAGCGGAUUGGGGCAUGACGGAGUUGAACGAUCGUGAGUCUGUGGUGUAUGAAUUUCUAGGAUUUGAACAUUUAGUCCCCAUCCACGCUUCGUGCAGCCUUCAGAGGGCUAUUGCGCAGUGCCCAGAGAGGAAAGUCUAGCUAAGGUGUUGGAAUUAACAGUGUCAGCAUUAGAGGCGCGGAUUGCUACAAUCUGUGUGGAGAUUUUGGAAAUGAUGAGAAGCUCGGGAAGUGGACGAUGCCUUUUUGGGACUGCCAGUCGUUUUCAAUAGGUGGGAAGUACCACGCAGUAGAGCUGUUUCGGCGAUCUUGAGGGAUUUGGAAAAGGAGAGAAGGGAUUGAUAAGCACAUGCUGGACUUUUCGUAGAUGCUCUUCGAAGAUGGUGCUCGAUCAAAGCGAUGCAAGCAGAAUUUUUGGUUCGCAGUGAUUGCUUGAGCCUUCUCUCCAGGGUUCGCACCCUACUUAGGGCACAGCUUCUUUCAAGCAGGUGUUAGCUUACGUUCUCAAAGAGUUCAACUCCUUUCGUCCCCGCAUUGCAAGUGCAAUUCCAUCCAAAGAGUUGGAUAGAGUUACGGGCCUCUCAUGUGGAGAUGAGGAGGAUCCGAUCGAAAGGAGGGGUCAAGCUCUCCAAACUGCUGUUGCUCUUAUUCUUGUCGCUCUCAACAGGAGAGUCCACACACGGGACUGCACCUGUGAAGGCAGAUGAUGUAUACAAACCGAUCCUCGGCACCAUCAAGGACCGAUUUGCCCUGCGCGUUUAUGCUCAUAAUCUUUUACCAUCAAGAUCUGACGAAGAAUCUUGUCGCCAGACACCACAGGAUGGUGUUGACACCGUGGUGCGAGUCACGGAUGGUCAGGCGUUAGAAACGGCAGAUUGGUAUAUCUCCAAGCAUUCUGUAUCAUGGAGAAGUUUACUUCAGGUUCAAUCCCCAAUCUCGCCCACAGAUGGUGCCGUGGAAACAGUUCAGCCAGCACAGGGAGCAGAAUCACAUACUCGGGUGUCAACCAUAGUCAUUGUUGUUGUUGUUAGCGUAGUUUCAACGCUUAUUUUAGCGACGAUAGCAUUUUGUAUCUACCGCAGACGCAUGCUCCGGAAAUUUUCAGCAGCAAGGGAGAGGCCCCUUCUGCAUGCCAGUCCUCCUUUAAAAGGGGAACCAGGAUCGAUACCGCGUGGGGAGUAUGAGGAGGACUCUGUUCCAGGCUAUGGUACUGGGGAUUUAUUCAAUUCUCCCAGGACUAAUCCGACGCGAAGAGAGAAUGGCACUAUAAUAUCUUCGAGUCCUUUUGCCGAAGGUGUGGAGCUGACAGAUUGCGAGGGCAAAAAACAGGCACGUGACGGAGAAAAUUUUGUUCAGAGCAAUACAGACCUGUUGGAUAGAAAGGUUGCCGAGCUACAACAGUCAGACGCAAUCAGUAACGGAUUGUUUCAUAACCCGACCAUGCCCCUUUUUAGUGAAUCGGGAUCAGGAGACAAUAGAACAUUUGAGGAGAUGGAGGAUGGAGUGUUUAACUUCUACACAGCGCCAACUACACCAUCUCCCUCACCCUUGAGAUUUGAUGAACCUUGUCAUUCAAGGGUAUCUUUACCACCACUUGAGACCAGGCUGGACCAGGUUGAAGAUUCCAAAGCACCGCCAGGUAGCUUCGGCAGCUUUAUUUAUCCUGCUCCAAUGACACCUGUUUCUUCAGUUUCCAAAGUCCAAGCAGAAUGUGAAAAUCUUGAGACAGCAAUCAGCUUCGAUACCCCUGCUACUCUCUCAUCUUUUCCCUCAUUCCCUAAGAUUCGCCUAGAGAUUGAAGAAGGUGAAGACGCAAUCAGCGUCGUCAUGUCUAGUGCAGUAUCACCAGUUCCGUCAGUUUCUAAGAUACGAGCAGAGUUUGAAGAGACCGAAAGUGCAAAUGCCAGAAGGCCCCAGCCCAAUUCUCACAGCCGGAGCUCAAGGUUUGAGGAAAAUAUGGAUCCAUACCCAGUUGGAUGGCAACGAUAUUCUAUGGUAAAUAAGCCGAAGAAACCUGAUGUUCCAAUAAAGUCGAGUUUUGCCAGUGCUCCUACCCCAGGGCCGCGUCCUUUACCUGCUCCACCCUCAGCUCCUGCCCUGCCAGAAAUUCUUUCAGAAUCUCCAAAUGUUGUAUAUACUAAGCUUCAGGAAUACAUGCAUCAAUUCGAAGCAAAGACUGCGGGCGAGGAUUUUGGUAGUGGUGGUUGGUCCACACCCACAUCUUCUUCAUCUGGAAGAGAAGGUACAAGCUCUAGUUUUCCAUCUAUGACCAUCGGCACAGCAGGUGGCGCUGAGGAAUCAAAAGCUUCUGGCUCGGGUACGGGCAUACUUCCUUUAUUUCUUCCAACUGCAGUUAAAACAGAAAGCCUUGAGGAAUUUCACGAGACAAAUCCAUUCGCCAAGGUUGGAAAUUCAUACUCUGAGCCUGAUCCCUCAACUGCUAUUGAACCACCCUUAACUCCUCAUUCUUCGUCUGGAAGGAAAACUUCCGGAUAUGCACCUCCCCCUGCACCACCACCUCUACCCCCUCCGCCCAGAAGGGAAAGUUCGCCUCCGCCUCCGCCUCCGUCAACCCCUCCUCCUGGAAGUAUGAGUACUGGACCUUCACAGCCUGCACCAGCACCAUCUCUUAAAAGCGAAAGUUCUGGGCCGCCACCAACUCCUUCACCUCCCCCACAUACUUCUGGAUGCACAAGACCUGGACCAUCACCUUCACCACCUCCUUCGAAGAAUACUUUACCGCCACCCCCACCUCCACCUCCUGCGAGUAAGAGACCAGGACCUCCGCUUCCACCACCACCACCACCACCUCCUCCUUCUCCACUAGGAAGCAAGACUUCUGAACCAUCACCUCUUCUUGGGAGCAAGAGACCAGGACCUCCUCCACCUCCACCACCUCCUCCUGGAAGCAAGACUCAUACAUCGCCACCUCCUCCGCCUCCACCACCUCCUCCUGGAAGCAAUACUCAUACAUCGCCACCUCCUCUUCCUCCACCACCUCCUCUUCCUCCACCACCUCCUGCUCCUGGGAGUAAGAGAUCCGGACUUCCGCCACCUCCUCCUCCUCCUCCUCCACCACCUCCUGCUCCUGGGAGUAAGAGAUCCGGACCUCCGCCACCACCUCCUCCUCCUCCUCCACCACCUCCUGCUCCUGGGAGUAAGACAUCCGGACCUCCGCCACCACCUCCUCCUCCUCCUCCUCCACCACCUCCUGCUCCUGGGAGUAAGAGAUCCCGACCUCCGCCACCACCUCCUCCUCCUCCUCCUCCUCCACCUCCACCUCCUGCUCCUGGGAGUAAGAGAUCCGGACCUCCGCCACCACCUCCUCCGCCACCACCUCCUCCUCCUCCUACACCUCCAGCACCUCCUGCUCCUGGGAGUAAGAGAUCCGGACCUCCGCCUCCACCUCCUCCGCCACCUCCUCUUCCUGGGAGUAAGAGACCAGGACCUCCUCCACCUUUGCCACCUCCUCUUGGAAGCAAGACUUCUACAUCGCCUCCUCCUCCGCCACCCCCUCCUCCUGGGAAUAAGAGACGAGGACCUCCUCCACCGCCAACUCCACCUCCUCAGGGAAGCAAGACUCCUGGACCGCCACCGCCAGUUAAGAAAGACCCUCUACCUCCAACCCCACCCCCAUCUGGACCUUCUUCACCUGCUGGAGGAAGAGGUGGCGACCUGCCUAAACCACCACCCCCCAUCAGAACAUCGCCAGAUCAUAUACCUAAUCAGAGUUCCCAGCAGAUGACCAAGCGGCUUCCCUGGGAUCCAGUGAGGCCUAACGCAAGCCAUAGUGUGUGGAAGCAGCUCAACAAGUCUUUUGAGCUUGAUCCAGUGGUUCUGGAGCAAAUGUUUGGCAUUUCGAAAACUAAUAUCACUAAAAAGAAACCAGCUUCGUCCUCCAACAAAUCAGAAACUAUGGUGGCAAUUCUAGAUAAAACGAAAGCUCACCAUUUCGGCAUUCAGCUUCGUGCGCUGAGUCUCAUAAGGGAAGAAGUUAGUGACGCAUUGCUUGCAGGUGACGGCCUGAGUGAUGAUAUUCUUGAAGCCUUGGUCAAGGUAAAGCCAACCGACGAUGAAAAAAAGAAGUUUCAGAAAUUUGAUGAAGACCCAGAACGACUUGGUACUGCAGAUCGAUUUAUUUACUCAUUAUUGGCAGUGCCAAACGCAUGGUUGAGACUUGAAGCUAUGUUAUUUAAAGCUCGGUACAAGGAAGAGCUCGAUAGUGCAUGGGAGUCCAUUGAAACUCUGAAGAUGGCUUGCACGGAACUCAAAGGUAGUCGGACAUUCCGAAAGCUACUAGAAGCCGUGUUGAAAACUGGAAACCGUCUCAACAUGGGCACAUAUCGAGGGAAUGCUCAAGCAUUUAAACUUGACAAUCUUCUCAAGCUUGCUGACGUGAAAGGGGUCGACAAUAAAACAACGCUGCUUCAUUUUGUCAUACAAGAGAUCGAAAAGUCAGAAUCUUUACGCUUGGCUCGAUUAGCGGGCAAGGAAGUUAACAAUUCACCACCUGUCUCGCCUAAGACUCCAAACACCCCUAAUACGUCUGAUUUUUCUGCAAGCCUUGAGGCAGCAAUGAUGGCAGAGAACGCUCCCAACCCUCAAACAGGAGACGAAGCAACAAAGAAGAUGGGGAUCGGAUCGGUCAUGAGAUUACCUUUGGAGCUAUCCAUGGCAAGUAAGGCAGGCGGCUUCGACUUGAAUAUGUUGCAGGAGUCGGUUCGGAUGUUGGUCAAGGGUCUCCAAGGGAUAAAGGCCCAAGUUCAAGAAGGAAGGUAUUCGAUACCUGAAUCAGAGCCGAUGCUGAGAGCACGUGCCAUAGACCUUUCCCAAGACAUAUUCCAACAAACCAUGGAAAACUUCAUCAAGAACGCUGAUGCUAAUGUAACAAUAGUUCAGGAGGAGCUCGAUGAAGUUUUGGAAGCAGUGCAGCUAACUAACAUCUACUUCUAUGGCAGUGAAGCAGCAAGAAGCAAUUUUGAACCUCUCAAGGCCUUUGUGGUAGUAAGACAUUUCAUAGUUAUGCUGGACAAAGCUUGUAAAGACAUCACUAGAUAUAAAGCUCAAGCGAAAACAAGGGGUUAGUCACAUUCCUAAUUUCCAAUUUAUUACAUACUCGUUCAUCUCGCAACAUUGAAGAUAAUAGCUAGCAGUACCUCAGACAGAAUUCUGGGAAGAAUUUCGUAGCUUGGAUGCGGAUAACUAUGAACGACUUAGAUUAGAAUUGACAAGGAUUGCAAUGAAAGCAUUCCAACUGUAAUUUUUUACCUGGCAGGUCUUUUCUGCUGCUUGUAUAUUAAACGGUAAUGACAUUGGUGAAAAAAUUCAUCAAAACAUUCUUCCA